AUGGGUGGAGAUUUCAACAUUGACAUGUUGGAUGUUAGUGAAAGAAAAACGGUUCUCUUUAGUGAGUCUAUUGAUUCAUUUAAUCUGAAACAAUUAAUAAAUAAACCUACUCGCGACACAAGAACAACAUCUACUUUACUGGACUUGAUUUUGGUUACAGAUAAUACUCCAACAUUAGAGGCAGAUACUAUAGUUAUUCCAGAAGAACAGUCUGAUCAUUUUAUUGUUUACUGUUCUCUUAAGGAAUUUGUAAAUAAAUCUGAAAUUCAAAUGAUAUACAGAAGAAAUUUAAAAGAUAUUGACCUUGAAUAUUUUCAAAAUUUGUUACUUUACUCACCAUUUUUUCAUAUUUUAAAUAUUCCUGAUGUUACUGAAAAGGUAUUGUUUUUUAACAGUAUUUUAACAGAUCUUUUUGAUUUUGUAGCUCCUUCUAAAUUAAUUAAAAUACAGAAAAAUCGGCCACCUUGGCUCACAGACAAUAUUCAGUUAAUUAUUACACUUAGAAAUAAAGCAUUUACACGUUGUAAAAGGACUAAAAAUUUAGCUCAUUGGAAUUAUUAUAAAACUUUAAGGAACCAAGCCAAUAUUAUGUUACGCAAUGAGAAGAAAUCUUAUUUAGAAGUAAAUUUUUUGGGGGGUAAUUUAAGUAAAAUAAUGUGGAAGAAAUUUAAUCAGUUAAAUAUUAACAGUACAAAGAAAAACAAUAUCCUACCAGAAUUUUUGAAUAGGCCCAAUGAAAUAAAUUCUCAUUUCUUGUCUAAUGCUCUAACACAUAUGCCACUUGAUCCAAAUCUUUUAUACUUUUAUAAUAAUAAUGUUAGAAAAAAUUUUUCACAUUUGUUUAAGUUUGAGACUGUUGGGGAAAUAUUCGUCUAUCAAUUACUAUUAGAAAUAAAAUCCAAAUCUACAGGUUCUGACUUACUCACUAUUGAUAUGAUACUUAUGUGUUGCCCAUUCAUUGUUCGUUAUGUAACUGAUAUAAUUAAUACUUGUUUGGCAAAUAAUGUUUUUCCCGAUGCUUGGAAAAUUGCUAGAGUUCUACCAAUUCCUAAAAUAAAGGAAGUAAAAGAGCUUGGUGAAUUAAGACCUAUUAGUCUGUUACCUGUACUAUCAAAAGUUUUAGAAAAAAUUAUGUACCUCCAAAUCAAAAGUCACUUAGAUAAGACUCAGUUACUCAGAUGUUACAAAGCUAAGUAA